AUGGUGGGUAGGAGUCAACGCACGGCGGCUAAAAAGAAUGGCCCCAAUGAUUCUAAGUCUGUCGAGAGCUCCCAGGAGGCGAAUGGUAGCCAAGGGGGAGCUCUCGAUGUUGGCAAACUCUCAGCCGCAGAUCUUCUCAGGAUCAUCAAUGAGCGCAAAUGGACCCUCUACUUAGCCCUCUGCUCAGACUUUACUGAGGCUAUUGAAAACGAAAAGCGCGCUCGUACCAUUGUUGUGUAUGGCUUAGAGGAGCCCAAUGAAGGCCUUCCCCUUCGGAUUGUCAAAACGAUCUUGAGGGAAAAUAUUCUUAAGGUUGAGUGCCGUCCCUGUGAAGUCUACAGAAUGGGCAAGCGCGAUCCCAAACGUCCACGGCUCGUGAAAGUCGUACUUCCAUUGGCGCACUGCGCUUUCCAAUGUCCGGAGUCUCGCAGGAUGGGUGGAGGUGUUUGUUGCUUCGUUAAAGGGAACAUUCAUGACGAAUUCGUGACUCACAUUACAGCUGGGAAAGCUGAUGGACUCUGUUUUGAUCUGUUUUUCCCGACGAGGUCCCCCUUUACCCGCCUCAUUACGGUAUAUCGCCCACCUAAUUUGCCCAAAGAUGAUGCCCUAAUUGAAGUGCACGGUGACCUAGCGCCUGUGCGCGAGAGCACUGUGAUACUUGGUGAUCUUAAUCUCCAAGUUGAAUGGAAUAGCCCGAGUGCAUUAAAUUCUGCUUCUGCUGCUUAUAUGGACUUCUUUCGGAUGUGGUAUGGAACAGCAUGUCAAGCAGCCCACUCACAAUGGAAAUCGUCUCACAAUAUCUUGGACGUUUCGGUCUUACCUCCGCUCGCUACAUCAGACCAUAACGUUGUCUCCUUUAACCUUCUCGAAGAAUCAAGCCCCCUUGUGAUUUUCCCAGACCUUGAUUUCUUGAACACUGACUUUACUGCCCUCAACAAUUAUUUCCUAAGCAUAGACUGGUGGGCUCUUCUUGAUCAGUAUUUCUCUGUGGAUGACAUAUACCAGGUAUACCAGAGGUUCUGUAGGGUUGUGUACACAACCCUAGGAAAUGGGCUUGCGCAUACUGCUCCUUUCAAGUCCAUUAGAAGAUCUGGUCUAAAAUAUUCCCUCCAUAUAAGCAACUUAGUACAGCAAAAAGAACGCCUCUUAUCUGAACUGAGCUCCCCUCUUGGCAGUGUUCUCUACGGGAAAGUGUGCUCUGUCUUGAACCAUCAUCGGAGGAAGUUCCUCACUAUGAGCGCCGGCUUGGAUCCCAAGCUUCACUGCGACGGCUCUUUCACUAUUUUUGGCAGAAGCUGA